UAAACUGCCAACUGGGCUUUUGAUAUUGAGUUGAAUUCUGUCCUCUUUGGACGUCACAAAACGCAAAUGGAGUGGACAUUUUGCAAAUGCUUGUUUUGAGCUGUUUGCUUCUCUCAGUGUUUUUGGGUUUUUGAGUUUCUGAUCUUUCUGGGAAUCCUUUGUAUUUUGGUGAAUAUGAGGAAUUUGAAAGAGUUGUGGGUGAAGAAGACGUUGGUGGGUCUUGGGUUGGGACAGUUUCUCUCGCUUCUGAUCACUUCCACUGGCUUUUCUUCCUCUGAGUUGGCUAAGAAAGGAAUCAAUGCACCUACUUCACAGUCUUUUCUGAACUAUGUCCUCUUAGCAGUUGUGUAUGGAAGUAUCAUGAUUUACCAGAGGAAACCACUUAAGGCUAAAUGGUAUUACUAUUUACUUCUUGGGUUGAUAGAUGUGGAGGCCAAUUUUCUAGUGGUGAAGGCUUAUCAAUACACAUCUAUAACGAGUGUAAUGUUGCUGGAUUGUUGGACUAUCCCAUCGGUCAUGCUUCUUACAUGGAUAUUCCUCAAUACAAAAUAUAGAUGUAAAAAGAUAACCGGUGUGGUGGCCUGUAUUGCUGGCCUUGUCAUAGCUAUUUUCUCAGAUGUUCAUGCAGGUGACCGAUCAGGAGGGAGCAAUCCCCUUAAAGGGGAUGCACUAGUAAUUGCCGGUGCUACACUGUAUGCCGUCACUAACGUCAGUGAGGAGUUUCUAGUGAAGAAUGCUGACAGAGUUGAACUCAUGUCCUUGCUGGGCUUUUUUGGUGCCAUUAUCAGUGCGAUCCAAAUAAGCGUAAUAGAACGUAAUGAGCUCAAAUCCAUCAAGUGGUCGUCUGGAGCUGCAUUUCCUUUUGUUGGAUUUUCAUUGGCUAUGUUCCUCUUUUACUCAUUAGUCCCAAUCUUACUUAAGAUUAAUGGAUCUACGAUGUUAAACCUGUCAUUGCUGACAUCAGACAUGUGGGCAGUCUUAAUUCGCAUUUUUGCUUACCAUCAGAAGGUUGAUUGGAUGUACUUUGUGGCCUUUGCGAUCGUCGUUGUUGGGCUUGUUAUUUAUUCAUGGGGUGACAAGGACGAGGAACAACGCUUGGCUGAUGUUACGCAUGAAGACGCAGAGAGAAGCAAACGUUUUGAUGAGGAAGUCGGUUCAGUAACUCGCAACCGAGGAACAAUGGCUGGGACCUCAAAAGCAGGAGGGGAUAACAGCAAGGAUGAAGCUCCUACUAGCUCUACGUACAGAGAGAUAAAUCCUUGACAACAAGGGAAGAGAUCAUAAUUUUCAUUCUUGUUGAAAAUUCGAGGCCCGUGUCUACACUAUUGAGAAGACAGAAGAUAAAAAUUCGUUAGCCUUGUUAUUUGAACAGAAAUAUGAAUAAUGGCUGAUUGAGGCAAGGAAAACCGUAAAUUCAUAAUUUCCUUUUUCCUCAAAUUUUGUUCUGAUAGCCUUUGGGGGUAUAGUAUUGAAUUAUUUAUUCAUAAUUUGCUUAGAAGUUGGAACACUUUGGCCUGUGUGAUAGAUCUCUUUUGGUUCAUUCUAUUACUUCA